UUCCUCAGCAGCAAGCUUUAGGUUCCGCCUUCUUUCACAAUGGUCAACUUUGCUCUUCCCGCCGUUGCCGCUGUGGUUCUUGCCCAGCUCACCGGAGCCAGCCCGGUCGUCACCACUCGGUCCGACGCCGUCGAGGUGUUUUCCUUCGGCAAAUGGAUUGACGGCAUUAUCGCCAACCCCGAAGGAGACAACUUGACUCCCGACGAGGCCGUCGAGGCCUGGCACGCGUCUCUUGAGAAUACCAGCGUUGCCCCUACUGGGGAGAACCUUCUCGUGAAGCGUUACUACUGCAACACCAUUCCUAACACCGAGGCCUACGUCCCCGAUGCCGUGGCAUGCAUCAACGACCUCGCUCGCAGGGGUGGCGAGGCCUGCAGAGUGGACGGCUCCCGCGUGUUCUGCGUCAUUGGACGCGCCCAGAUCACCGGAGUUGUCGGCGGCGGCGUUAGUUCAUCGACUUCUUCUUGCAACGACGUCGCACGUGGUGCUGGUUUCGUGAUGGAUCACUGCACUCGCGCGGACAACACCGUCCAGGGGGCGGAGUUUGCCUACGGCAACGGCAACCUGCUUGUGUGGAUCCGCCGUCCCUCUUAGACGUUUUCUGAGCCACAGAUGCGUCUGGUAUGUGUUGCUACCAUCGAUGGCGGUAGGCUGGAAACUGAACGGCCUGUCCGGUUUGAAGUUCAGUGGCCUGUAUAAGUGCAUGUACUUGAGAACAAAUAUCUAUAAAACCAUCUGUCAACUAGAAGAUAAU